AUGGCCAGCAAGCGGGCGGAGCCGGUCACCAUCCUCAGCCUCCGCAGGUUGAGCCUGGGAACCCCGGAGCCACAGCCGAAGAAAGAGCCCAAGACCUUCACCGUGGAGGAGGCGGUGGAGACCAUCGGGUUCGGGCGCUUCCACAUCGCCCUGUUCCUCAUCAUGGGCAGCACGGGGAUUGCCGAGGCCAUGGAGAUCAUGCUAAUCGCGGUCGUGUCUCCCGUCAUCCGCUGUGAGUGGCAGCUGGAGAACUGGCAGGUGGCACUGGUGACCACGAUGGUGUUUUUUGGCUACAUGGUCUUCAGCAUCAUCUUUGGCCUCCUGGCUGACAGAUAUGGACGCUGGAAGAUUUUGCUCCUCUCAUUCGUGUGGGGAGCCUACUUCUCCUUGCUGACCUCGUUCUCUCCCUCGUACGUCUGGUUUGUCUUCCUGCGGAUGAUGGUGGGCUGCGGCGUGUCUGGCCAUUCACAAGGGCUGAUUAUCAAGACUGAAUUUUUGCCCACCAAAUACCGAGGCUACAUGCUUCCCUUGUCCCAGGUCUUCUGGCUUGCGGGCUCCCUGCUCAUCAUCGGCCUGGCCUCUGUGGUCAUCCCCACCAUCGGGUGGCGCUGGCUCAUCCGCAUCGCCUCCAUUCCCGGCAUCAUCCUCAUCUUGGCCUUCAAGUUUAUCCCGGAAUCUGCCCGGUUCAACGUCUCCACCGGGAACACGCAGGCCGCCCUGGCUACGCUGCAGCACAUUGCCAGGGUGAACCGCUCGGCCAUGCCCGAGGGGCAGCUGGUGGAGCCCGUCCUGGAUAAAAGAGGAAGGUUUGCAGACCUGUUGGAUGCUAAAUAUUUGCGGACCACAUUACAGAUCUGGGUCAUCUGGCUGGGCAUCUCUUUCGCCUACUACGGGGUCAUCCUGGCCAGCACCGAGCUGCUGGAGCGGGACUUGGUCUGUGGUUCAAGGUCCGAAUCUGAGGUGGUGGUGAGCGUGGGGGUCUCAGAGGAGAGCUGGAGCCCCUGUUACUGCCACAUGUUUGCCCCCUCUGACUACCGGACCAUGAUCAUCAGCACCGUCGGUGAAAUUGCCUUGAACCCUCUGAAUAUCGUGGGCAUUAACUUCCUGGGCAGACGGCGGAGCCUGUCCAUCACCAUGGGCUGCACAGCGUUGUUCUUCCUCCUCCUCAAUAUUUGCACGUCAAGCGCCGGCCUCAUCGGCUUCCUCUUCAUGCUGAGGGCGUUGGUGGCUGCCAACUUCAACACCAUCUACAUCUACACGGCUGAGGUCUACCCCACCACCAUGCGCGCCUUGGGGAUGGGCACCAGCGGCUCGCUGUGUCGCAUCGGAGCGAUGGUGGCACCGUUUAUAUCCCAGGUUCUGAUGAGCGCAUCGUUGCUGGGGGCCCUGUGUCUUUUCUCAUCUGUCUGCAUUGUGUGCGCCAUUUCAGCCUUUACCCUGCCCAUUGAGACCAAAGGUCGGGCCCUACAGCAAAUUAAAUGA